AUGGCACCCCCUAGGCUCAGAGUUGGCUGUGCAGGCCUUGGCCGUAUGGGCAAGCGCCAUGCUCGUCACUUCCUCGAGCGCACAGCUCGUGCCGAACUGGUCGCUGUGAGCACUCCUGAUGAGACCGAGUUCCAGUGGGCGCGUCAGCAUCUCGAACCCUAUGGUGUGACAAUCUACAAAGACUAUGAUCAGAUGCUCAAGCAUGAAGAUCUAGAGGCGGUGGUAGUUGCGUCAGUAACAACGGUGCAUGCCGAGCAGGCCAUCAAGGCCAUUAAUGCUAACAAACACGUCCUGUGCGAGAAGCCUCUCUCAACGAGCGUUGAAGUUUCCCAAACAGUUGUUGAUGCUGCUCGCAAAAGGCCACACCUCAAAGUCAUGUGUGCAUUCUCUCGCAGAUUCGACGACUCCUACCGCGAUGCCUUCAACAAGAUGGAUGCUGGCCUGAUUGGACGCCCAUCGAUCUUCCGCAGCCAGACUUGUGAUAUGCUUGACCCGAGUGGAUUCUUCGUGGCCUAUGCCGAGUUUUCAGGAGGUAUUUUUGUGGAUUGUUCGAUUCACGACAUCGAUCUCGCCCUGUGGUUCUUCGGGCAAGACAGCAUGGUUAAGUCAGUUGUGUCUAGCGGAAUCACAGCUGUUCAGCCAGCACUUCAGAAGCACAAGGAUUGCGAUAACGCAGUCGGAAUUGUCGAGUUUUAUGGUGGCAAGAUUGCAUACAUCUACUGCUCUCGCAUGAUGGCUGCUGGCCAGGAGGAUUCGACCGAGAUUAUUGGUACAGAGGGGAAGGUCACAGUCAACACCCAACCAAUGUCAAACCUCGUAAACAUCUACGAGCCAGGCGGAAUCCGUCGCGAGAUUCCACAAAACUACUACGGACGUUUCGAACAGGCGUUUGUGAAUGAGGCGAACGAGUUCACAGCCGCUUGCUUAGAUGAUCUGAAAUUACCAAUGAAGCUGACUGGCGCCGUCCAGGCCGUGAAGAUUGGCUGUGCCUUGCAGGAGGCUAUGGUCACAGGAAACAAGAUUUGGUUCGAUGAGACUGGUGUAAGGAUAGAGAGGCCACAAUUAUAA